CCUCCCACUAAACAAAGCGAAAAGCCAACCAAGAACCCAGCAGCCGCACCGUAAUCCCUUCCUCCUCUCCUCAUCUCGCCCAAAAAGCAAGAAUCCGCGCCUAAGUUUCGCCGUACGUUUCUUCCUCACCGCAUCCUAGCCUCCAGCAUCAGAUUCUUGACCCUCCCAUGGCGGUUUCUCCUCCCUCGGGCUAAUCAUUUCCACCGUUUCUUGGUUCUUGGCAGCAGCAGCACCAUUGUUGCUGUUGGCCGCCGUCCACCGUUCGUUGCCUGCUGUUCGUUUUGGUUUCUCCGAGCUCUCUCCUGCCAACAGCACAGCCUGUGUGUCACCAGGGAGGUGGACCCCACUCCUCCUGUCUUGUUCUGGCACUGCCACUGGCAAGCUUCACCUAGGUUGUCGUUUGCUUGCCCCUGGGAUUGGUUCUUGGGCCCCAUCCAUCUUCCAUCUUCAGGGUUUUCCUGUUUGCUGAACCCUUGAUCUUGGAUGGAUGGAUGAUGGCCGGUUCUUGAAGAGCCUUGCUGGUUCUCCUCCUCCUCCUCCCGAGAAGAUGCGGUAGCCUUUCUUGUGUUUUGGAUUGGAGGAAGGAAGGAGGAUUGCUUGUGAGGAUCUUGGGUUGCACUGAAAGUUCCUUUGGUGUUCAGAAUUAGGUGGGUUUGGAUUACAGUAGUGUUGGUUCUCUUGCCUGUUUGUUGGGUCUGAACUUUGAAGGGAGGCUGAAGAGAACUGACAAUGGAGCCACCAAGUGGGUUCUGGGUCUCCCUGUGGAGCUUCCUCAAGUUCUUGCCCUACUUCUGCGGCCUCCUCAUCCUGGGGGUCAUCAAAGGUAUUUUGAUAUGCCCUUGGGCAUGUCUUAUUAUGGCGAUUGGGUUAUCUGCGCUAAUCCUGGGCUUAUGGCCCAUGCAUGUGAUCUGGACAUACUACUGCAUUAUCAGAACUAAGCUGUUAGGGCCUGUAGUAAAGUUUCUGCUCCUUAUUGCUGCCACUGCAAUCUUAAUCCUAUGGUUGAUAGUUGGCAUCCCUGGAAGCAUCUUAGCUGGAUUGGUAUAUGGCUUUCUAGCACCGAUAAUGGCAACGUUUGGUGCAGUUGGAGAAGGGAAAGAAAAGCCAUUUGUUCAUUGUUUUGUGGUAGGAUUUUUCUUUCCGUAUGUUUAUUUUUACAGUUCUCCAUGUGCUAAUUAUCUCAAAUUGCAGGAUGGAACAUGGAGUACUAUCACUGGAAGCUGUACGAUAGUCAGGGAUGUGAAAGAUUUGCUUUUCCACUCCUAUUUUUCAAUUACGGAUGAUCUUCUUCUUCAGGCACCUCCUGAUAACAGGCCAUACGAGAUAAGAUUGCUUGAUUUACCUGGCGCUUUAUUAUCUGCUACAUGUGGACUCAUACUGGAUGGUAUAAUGUUCACACUGAUUGCCAUCUACAAAUGCCCUGUGAUGCUUUUCAAAGGAUGGAAACGACUGAUCCAAGAUUUGAUUGGUAGAGAGGGACCUUUUCUGGAGACAGCUUGUGUGCCAUUCGCGGGUCUUGCUAUUCUUCUCUGGCCAUUUGCUGUAGUGGGGGCUGUUCUCGCCUCUGUCCUAUCCAGUAUUCCUUUAGGCGCAUAUGGUGCAGUUGUGGCUUAUCAGGAAUCCUCCCUUAAGAUGGGCUUAUCUUAUGUUGUCUCAUCUGUGUCCAUCUUUGAUGAAUACACAAAUGACAUGCUUGACAUGGCGCCAGGAUCUUGUUUCCCAAGGUUGAAAUAUCGGAAGAAAGAAGAUUCUUCGCAUGGUAGUAGCUUAUCCAGGCCAGCCUCAUUCAACAAGGAGAAGCAAGAGGUAAAGAAACCUCCAGCACGUGUUACAUCUUUUAAGAACAGUAUCGAUGACUUCAAUCCAUUCAAGUUGCUAGACCACCUAUUUGCCGAAUGCAAGCACCAAGGGGAGGAUUUGGUUAACAAAGGAGUGAUAACACUGAAAGACAUCGAAGAGACAAAGUCAGGCAAAGUUGGCAGUGGAGUUCUUAAUGUUGGUUUGCCAGCAUAUGUAAUCCUUAAUGCACUCCUUCGGUCCGCAAAGGCUAAUUCUGUUGGCCUUCUCUUAAGUGAUGGCUCUGAGAUUACAUCUGACAAUAGGCCUAAACAUACUCUCUUUGAAUGGUUCUUUGACCCUCUUUUGGUCAUCAAAGAACAAAUUAAAGCUGAGAAUUUUACAGAAGAAGAGGAGGAAUAUCUCAAAAUGCGAGUUUUGUUGAUUGGUGAUCCUGAUCGUGCCAAGGGCAGCCUUUCCCAUGUGCCAUCGCUGGAUGAGCGAAAAAAGGCUGAAAUAGACGCAUUUGCUAGGAGAUUGCAAGGGAUCACAAAGUCGAUAUCAAGAUAUCCUACAUCGAAGCGCCGUUUUGAUGCUCUUGUAAAGGCACUCUUGUUAGAGCUUGAGAGGACAAUGGGAGGUGGUCAAUCCACCAAUGGGUCCCAAUCUCAAAGCUUGAAAGGCGGCAUUGCCAGAAUGCUCAGCCAGAAGUCCAUGGGGAAGACAGCAAACAUCAGAGAUGAAGAUCCAGAAGCACAGACGACAAGAUAUGCUCGCACUCCGUGAUAUGAUCCCUGGUAGUGCUUUUUUUU